AUGAGGGCACAGCAUGGAAAGGGUCUCCACAUUGUUCCUGGCUGGGGUUCUUUCGUCGAGGCGACGCUGCCCAGGGUCGGGAAAACCCUGGGAGGAUUUCAGAGCUGGGCAAUACCCGACCGCAUUAAGCAGGAACCGGGUGAAGAGCUGUGGGAAGCCCGGUGGCAGGAAUUCCUUAAGGCGAUCCAGUCACCGCAAGCAAAGUCCUCAGAGGAGGCUAGAGAAUGUGAAGCCAAAGAGAUGACUGAGGUUUCUGAGCGUUCAGAAGGGCAGGGGGUGAUGGGACUUCUCCUAAGCCACCGAAAUGGAACCCUCCAGCCCUCUGCCUCCCCAGAACCUCAGGUUUGUGAGGAAACGAAGGACGAGACCGCUGGAGAAGGGGUUCCCAGCACUGAGACCCAACGCCAGCGCUUCCGGCAGUUGCGCUACCAGGAGACCAAGGGGCCCCGUGAGAUCUGCAGCCGGCUGUGGUAUCUUUGCCACCGGUGGCUGAAGCCAGAGAAACACACCAAGGUGCUGAGGCAACGGGAGUCUGGGAAGCCAGAGCAGCAGGUGCUGGGAACAUUUGAGGAGGUCGUGGUGAGCUUUUCCGAAGUAGACCAGGCAUCCCCUGAUGCUGCAGAGAAACAGCCCUGCCGAGAGAUCAAGCAGGAAAACGAUGGGGAUGUUGCUUUGCUGGGCAUUGGCUGGGAGAGAGGAACCGAUGGGGACCCGCAUGGAGCAUUGCUGGAAAGAAGCACGUGUCAAGAUACAGAAGAAUGUGCUGGGAAACCUGAUGAACUGAAAAGGCAGCAGAAGAACAGAGCAGAGAAGUGGAAAGAGAAAUCCAGUGUGUUCCCCCCUGAAUUUAAAGUCAAACAGAGAUUACAUGAAGGCAAGCGAAGAUAUUCGUGCAGUGUCUGUGGGAAAGGCUUCACUUGCAAAUCAAGCCUGAAUAGACACCAGGUAACCCACACGGGGGAGAACCCACAUAAAUGCCCACACUGUGGGGAAAAAUUCACUCGGAGGGCUAGCCUCAUUGUCCAUCAGAGAAUCCACACAGGCGAGAAACCAUAUAAAUGUUUCACGUGUGGGAAAAGUUUCAGUGUGAACUCGACACUUAUCCGGCAUCAGAGGAUCCACACAGGCGAGAAACCAUACCCGUGCUUUGACUGCGGUGAAAGCUUCAACCAGCGUACGAUCCUGAUCUCACACCAGCGAAUCCACACGGGGGAGAAACCCUAUCGAUGCUUGGACUGCGGCGAAAGCUUUCGGGACAAGUCAAGCCAUAUCAGGCACCAGAGGAUUCACACGGGGGAGAAGCCGUACCAGUGUGCAGACUGCGGCGUGAGCUUCCGUGAUAAAUCAAGCCGUAUCAGGCAUCAAAGAAUCCACACGGGAGAGAAGCCCUAUAAAUGCCUGGACUGCGGGGAAAGCUUCAGCCAGAGCUCCACCCUCAUUAGACACCGAAGGGUUCACACUGGUGCAAUGACACACAAGUGCCCAGACCAUGUGGAAUCCUUGCAAAAUAAACCUGAUCUUAAAAGACAUCAGGAUGUUCACACAGAAGAGAAAACACACUACUACCCAGACUGUGGUGAAACCAACAGUCCGGUGCCAAACUUGACAUGA